CAUUCGCAUUCACAUCCCCAUCCGAGUCCAUGGCGCAGUUGGAGCAGCAGCUGGAGCAGCAUGUGCCCCAGAUGACCAUCAAUGCCAGCACGCAGGAGCUGGCCGCGUUGAUCGACGCCCAUUUGGGUGCACUGCGUGCGCCGGCGCCCGCCUGGCGUGUGGCCGACUCGCCGAUAUCGGGGCGUGGCGUGUUCGCCGUGCGCAACAUUGAGAAGGGCGAGGAGCUGUUCCGCGAGCACACGCUCCUGGUGGGACCGACGGCGCAUCGUGGCCGCAAUUUGCGCACCUGCAUCCACUGCUACCACCAGCCACCGGGCGAGAGCGAGGAGUCGGCGCUCUGCAGCGCCGGCUGCGGCCUGCCCGUCUGUCCGGACUGUGCGCCCUCUGAACGGCACGCCGUCGAGUGCCAGCUGUUCCGUAAAUGGCAGCCCAAGCACCUGGACAUCAUUGAGCCGCGCGCCCUGCGCAUCCUCAGCGUGGUGCGCUGCUUCUUCCUCGACGAGCGGCAGCGCCAGCUGCUCUACGCGAUGCAGGCGAACACGGAUCGCUACUACAUGCGCGAGGUGCAGCGGGCCGCCGAGUGCUUCGAGCACUUUCCGCGCGACCCGGACAUGCUCGACUACUUCUAUCGCACGGUCUGCGCCUUCAAUACGAACGCCUUCGAGAGCCGCUGCCACAUCGAUGGCCAGGAGGUGGUGACGCGCGCCCUCUUCCCGCUGGCCGGCCUGCUCAACCACCAGUGCACGCCGAAUGCGGCGCACCACUUUGAGGAUGGCGAGACCAUCGUGGUCACGGCCACCGAGCGCAUCCCGGCGGGCGCCGAGAUCACCAUGUCCUACACGAAGCUCCUCUGGUCCACGCUCGCGCGCAAAAUCUUUCUCGGCAUGACGAAGCACUUCAUGUGCCAGUGUCCGCGUUGUCAGGAUCCCACGGUGAGUUGGCCAAGCGAACUCGAUGUCUCUGUGUUUGUCUCUCUCUCUCUUUCUCUCCCUUUCUUUCUAUCUAGCUCGCGUGCUCUCUCUCUCUCUCUCUCUCUCUCUCUCUCUGCGUAUAUCUGUGUGCUUUUGCUCUAUGUGCUCUAC